AUGAAAAGCAUCCACUCCCUGGCUGGUAUCCUUCUGGUCCUUGGCUUUAUCCAGAGCAGCUGGCAGGUUCCUCUGCAGGAUGCAGAUGACAGCUCCCGCAUGGAGGCAGACGACACGUUAGCAGACGAGCUGAGGGAGCUGUCGACCUCCAAGAGACAUUCGGAGGGCACUUUCUCAAACGACUACAGCAAAUACCUGGAGGACAGGAAGGCGCAGGACUUCGUUCAGUGGCUGAUGAACAACAAGAGGAGCGGUGCUGAAGAAAAGCGGCAUGCGGACGGGACCUUCACCAGCGACGUGAGCUCGUACCUCAAGGACAAGGCCAUCAAGGAGUUUGUCGCCAAGCUCAAGUCCGGAAAAGUCCGAAGAGAAUCUGAAACGGACAGGCCGGGCGAGGCAUUCAGCAGGAGGCAUGUAGAUGGGAGCUUCACCAGCGAUGUGAACAAGGUGCUGGACUCCAUGGCUGCCAAGGAGUAUUUACUCUGGGUCAUGACCUCCAAGCCGUCAUGGGAGAGUGAGAAAAGACAGGCGGAACAAUGA